CCGGUUCAUCUGAGUUGACAGUUUUAUUGUAUCAUUUAUGGCGUAGGAGUUUGGUAGAGCUACAACAACUAGCUAAGCUGAGUAUUAUUGUGUUUGUGUGUGUUAAGGUUAAAUGUAAAUGCAGUAUCCAGAUCUCUUGAAAACGUCUUUGAAUUCAAAGCUGUCAAAUUUCCAACAAUUUAUGUACUUCUACUUCUUCUACUUGUGUGUGCUUCCUACUUUAACGUGCUUUUUAGUAUGCGUAAAAGUCAAGUUUUGCCGUUGAAGCUAUCGAUUUCCCCCCUUUCAAUGUGUUUCUGUGUUCCAUUUUAACGUUAAGCCAUGUUUCGCUGCUAUCUUUUCGAGAUUCUGCUUCAUGACAACGGCAAUCCCAGGAGAACUUGAAGAAUUUGUGAAAUUACACUCGUCAAAGUAACAGACACCGUCAUAGAACUUCAAUCGACAACAACCGAUGGAGCUACACUUGUUUUUAAAAGCAGUACCUCUCCUCUUGCUCCUUUUCUCCAUUCCCCAAAUAAUUGCUGAUCUAAAUUCAGACAAGCAGGCCCUCCUUGAUUUUGCUGACAAUGUUCCUCACGGACGGAAGCUGAAUUGGAGCAAUUCUACCUCUAUUUGCACUUCUUGGCUUGGCAUCACUUGCACCCAGGACAACUCUGGCGUGCUUGCUGUCCGCCUCCCUGGUGUUGGUCUGAAUGGUCCAAUUCCAGAGAAUACACUCGGAAAGCUGGACUCACUUGAGAUCCUCAGCCUCCGAUCAAACCGCCUAAGUGGGGAUCUUCCAUCUGAUGUACUCUCCCUUCCGUCCCUUCGCUACAUAUAUCUUCAGAAGAACAAUUUCUCAGGAAAUAUUCCUUCCAACCUUUCCCUUCAGCUUAACUGGAUUGAUCUCUCCUUCAACUCCAUCACAGGCAACAUUCCAUCCACAGUUCAAAAUUUAACACACCUCGUAGGUUUGGACCUCCAAAACAAUUCUCUUACAGGAGUCAUCCCUAAUUUUACUCUUCCAAGGCUUACGCAUCUGAACUUGAGCUACAACCAACUAAAUGGUUCAGUUCCACCUGCCCUCCAGAAGUUCCCCUCCGCCUCCUUCGAAGGGAACUCCAUGUUGUGUGGAAAACCUCUAAACCAAUGUUCUACAAUUUCUGCCUCACCUAGUCCAUCCCCUGCUUAUUUUGUACCUCCGCCUACAGUUCCGAUAGAACCAAGGAAGAGCUCAAAGAAGAUUCUCAGUACUGGUGCUAUAAUUGCCAUAGUAAUCGGGGGUUUGGCUGUUUUGGUCCUUCUAAUACUUGUGAUGGUAAUUUGCUGUUUCAAGAAAAAGGACACCGAAGGUGCAGCAGCUGCAACAAAGAAGGGUGGGAGAGGUGAAAAGCCUAAGGAGGAUUUUGGGAGCGGAGUUCAAGAGGCUGAGAAAAACAAGCUGGUUUUCUUUGAAGAUUCUUCAUAUAAUUUUGAUCUGGAGGACUUACUAAGAGCUUCAGCUGAAGUGCUAGGAAAGGGCAGUUAUGGAACAACUUAUAAAGCCAUAUUGGAGGAGGGAGUUACAGUGGUAGUGAAGAGGCUGAAAGAAGUGGUGGUGGGGAAAAGAGAGUUUGAACAACAAAUGGAAAUUGUAGGGACGACCGGUCAGCACCCUAAUGUCGUGCCUAUCCGUGCAUAUUACUUUUCGAAGGAUGAGAAACUCCUUGUUUACGACUUCAUAGUCGGUGGGAGCUUUUCCGCAUUGUUGCAUGGAAACAGGGGAACUGGACGAACUCCGCUAGACUGGGAAUCAAGAUUAAAGAUUUCUCUUGGAGCUGCAAGGGGCAUUGCCCAUAUUCAUUCUGCAGCAGGGGGGAAAUUAAUCCAUGGCAAUAUCAAGUCGUCAAAUGUUCUUCUCACCCAAGACUUUAUGGGAUGCAUCUCUGAUUUCGGAUUAACUCCGCUAAAGAGUUCCCCUUCAGUCCCAUCAAGAAGUGCAGGCUACCGAGCUCCUGAGGUGACCGAAACAAAAAAGUUUACUCAAAAAUCCGAUGUGUACAGCUUUGGUGUUCUUCUCCUGGAGAUGUUAACUGCAAAAGCACCAAUCCAAGCAUCAGGACAAGAAGACGCGGUUGACCUUCCGCGAUGGGUUCAGUCUGUUGUUCGAGAGGAAUGGACCUCCGAGGUGUUUGAUGUAGAGCUAAUGCAAUACCAGAACAUCGAAGAAGAGAUGGUGCAGAUGCUUCAGAUAGCGAUGGCCUGUGUAGCAAGGGUGGCAGACAUGAGACCCACGAUGGAUGAAGUUAUAAGGAUGAUCGAGGAAAUUCGGCCGUCUGAUGUAGAGAAUCGUCCAUCAGAUGACAAGUCCAAGGGUUCAAACACACAAGCCCCUUGAUCAAAAUCAGUCAAUGCUGUUCUAAUUCAGAUCACAGGUCUGCUCGAUCCAGUUCGAGGAUGAAGAUCUAUCCCUUAAAUUGCUUCUAACUGUAAACCGUGUGAUUCUUUUAGGAUAUUAGUGGCACAGAAUUUCAUCAAACUCUCAUUUCCUCCUUCCCCCCUGUGAUCAUUGUAGCCAAGUUAUUUCAUAAUAAAUUACUUUUUUACUUGUA